GAAUGGCCUCUUAAUUAUCCCCGUGAUAUGGUUCAAAAGCUUGGAAGCACAUAUGGAUCUUAUGUUUCAAAAGUUACAAAGAUUAAUAAUGUGCAUUUAAUAGUGGCUUCCUUGAAAGAUCGAAAAUCACAAUGUAUUGUUGCAACUGCAUCAACUACAACAUUGUGUGAUGAGGUUAAUCGUAUAGUUAAAGAAGGUGCUAACUCUUCAGUGGUUAAAUUUACAAGACCAAAAGUUUUUUAUGAAUAUUUUUGUUCUAAAGGUGCCGUUAAUAUUAAUAAUCAGUCGUGUAUUGCUAAUUUUAACCGGGGAAUUCACCGGGGUAAUAUAUCCCAAAAAUAUACUUUAUUAAAAACCCCUAUCAAGUUGAAAUCUCAACUACUAA